CCAGCCUAAAAAUUUCCCCCAGAAGUCAGCAAGACAUUUGAUUUGUUGGGUGAUUAGUUUAAGCAAAUACGGGUAUAUGUGGAGGCAGAAGGGGAGCAGAAUUGAAUGAAUCUCCAACGUCCAAACCUCAUCCUCAAACGUAGAAGCUCUCGUUUCCCCGGCUUUCGCUUUCGUUAUCCGAUGGCUUUGUAUGAUGCACGCACGCUGCUAGUGCAAAGAGAGAGAGAAAGAGAGGACAUGCAUUGCAUGGUGAUUGAUUGAUCAUAAAGGAAAGGGGAGGGGAGGGUUAGGUACGUAGGUAUAAAGCCACACCACAGAAAGAACCAUUGGCACAAUGUCGACCGCUUCCAUCAACGGCUGGUGCUUCGCCUCUGUCUCCGCCAACGCCUCUGCCCAGCAGAAUUCACUCAAAACAUCAUCCACAUUACGACCCUCUGUUUUUGCCAAGCUUGAAUCAUCAUCACCUUCACUGCCUCGUCUAAUCAGAGACGAGCCUGUUUUUGCUGCACCAGCUUCCGUCUUCAGCCCAAAUUUGAGGGAAGGUAUGUCAAAAGAAGAGUAUGAGGAGGCCAUUGUCGGACUUCAGAAGCUUCUCAGCGAAAAGGUAGGGUACGGACCCGUUGCAGCUGCAAAAAUUGAGCAAAUCACUGCAGAGUUGCAAACAACUGACACCAAAGCCUUCGAUGCAGUCGAGAAGUUGAAAACAGGCUUCAUUCGGUUCAAAAGGGAGAAAUAUGAGACAAAUCCAGCCUUGUUCGGCCAACUUGCUAAAGGCCAGAGCCCAAAGUAUAUGAUCGUGGCAUGCGCGGACUCUCGGGUUAACCCCUCACUCAUUUUGAGCCUCCAACCAGGGGACGCAUUCAUCGUCCGAAGUGUUGCAAAUUUGGUUCCUCCAUAUGAUCAGUUGAAGCAUUCUGAAUUUGGGGCUGCAAUCGAAUUUGCAGUUUUGCAUCUCAAGGUGGAGAAUAUUGUGGUCAUCGGGCACAGCGCCUGUGGAGGGAUUAAGGGCCUGAUGUCUAUUCCAGAAGAUGGAACCACCUCCACUGACUUCAUUGAAGAUUGGGUCAAAAUUGGUUUACCUGCGAGGGCAAAGGUGAAAACAGAACAUGGCAGCAAACCUUUACCUGAGCAGAUUGUACUCGCUGAAAAGGAAACUGUGAAUGUAUCGCUUGGAAACUUGCUAACAUAUCCAUUUGUGAGAGAUGGGUUGGUGAAGAGAACUCUAGCAGUGAAGGGUGGUUACUACGAUUUUAUUCAAGGAUCGUUUGAGCUCUGGGGACUUGAAUUCAACUUUUCUCCUUCAGUAUCUGUAAGGGAUGUCGCUACCGUACUCCACUGGAAGCUCUACUAGGUAGGGACAGUAACGGCCAUUCUGCAGACGAUGUCCUCUUCACUCUGUAGUUUGUAUUACUACCACUACUACUAUAUAUAAACAACAGUUGCAUGAAAUAUGAUCUCCAAUUCAGUUGUAAAAUC